AUGCCGCACGCACCUGCGAAGCGCCAAAAGCGCGAAGAAUACAAAAAUGCGCUGCAUGAGGAUGAGAGCAAUGCUGCGCUGCCCAAGAAGAAAUUCUACAGGCAGCGCGCACACGCCAACCCGUUUUCGGACCACUCAUUGACAUACCCUAAGAGCCCGGCCGACAUGGACUGGGCAUCGCUGUAUCCUGCAUAUGCUGUUGUGAAGCGAGAGCAAAAGAGUGCCGGCGAAGAGGAGUCGACACCGUUGGACGAGGAAGAGCAGCGCAGACUAAAGGCAAUAACAAAAAACGUCGAAAUUGCAGACAUCGGAUGCGGCUUUGGUGGACUACUCUUCGCGCUCGCACCAAAGUUCCCGGACACGCUGAUGUUAGAAUACGUGCAAGAAAAAGUCCGCGCCCUGCGCCUGCAAAACGCCUCAAUCCAGCUCUACCAAAAUGCCUCUUGCCUCCGCGCCAAUACUAUGAAAUUCCUGCCCAACUUCUUUUCCAAAGCCCAGCUCUCCAAGAUCUUCCUGUGCUUCCCAGACCCGCACUUCAAGCAGCGCAAGCACAAGGCGCGCAUCGUGUCAUACACCCUCAACUCCGAGUACGCAUACGUGCUCCGGCCGGGCGGCGUGGUGUAUACGAUUACCGAUGUCAAGGACCUGCAUGAGUGGAUGGUCGGGCAUUUUGAGAAACAUCCGAGUUUUGAAAGGUGUGAGAAGGAGUUUGAGGAGGAAGGCGAGGCGAUGGAUGAGGGGGUGGGGAUUAUGCGGACGGAGACGGAGGAGGGGAAGAAGGUUAGCAGGAAUGGCGGGAUGAAGUAUGUGGCGUGUUUUAGAAGGGUGGAGGAUCCGGAGUGGCCGUGA